CAUUCAGCGAUAUCUUUCUCUGAAUUCCAUAGACUUUGCUCUGCCGCCUCCUUCCGCAUAGAAACAAAUUGAAGAUUGCUGCUUAAUAUCGUUUCAUGAUGCAGAUCAAGACAACGCUCAUUGCUGCUCUGAUUUCGACUGCGGCCGAGGUGUCUGCCGCAUCGUCAACCAAUACUAAUGAAGGGUUAACUCCCAAACAGACAUCCGAGAUCUCUGUACAGCUCUCGAGUUACUGGAAUUCUCUUACCGCACAAUCAGAGUACACGUCCGUGUUCAAUGCUCUUGCGACGGAGAUUCCUACUAGUGUUCUAACCCAUAUUGAAAACGACCAUAACGCAUUCAUCGAAGCCAUCAUCACGGCCACGGCUGUUCCGGCGUGGGUCAAUGAUAUCUCUGACGACAUUCAGAGCUAUCUCGUCUCCGUUGGUAGCAAAGAAGUUGCAAUCGUCACCAAGGCUCUGGACAACGAAGCGCCUGCGUCUUCUGGCGCAGUAAAGGCUAUUGGAGCGGCUGCAGCAGGUGUGCUUGCCGCUGCUGUGCUUCUGUAAAUCUCGCGAGAUAUCAAACUCACGUUAUUGUCUUUUGAGUUCGUUGCUUUACUCGAUGAAUCUUUUCGGGUCGUACCGAAAGCUUUUAGUUUAAUAUCCAGCGAUACAACAAAUAAUGGAAGUAUUGUUCCGGCA